CCAGUCCUCCUUCCACUCACCAGCACAGCUUCCAUUUGGCUUCCUCCCAUGGCUUCUCCACUCCUUUUCUUCUUCUUCUUCUUCUUCUUCUUCUUCUUCCUCCCUUACGCCGCCGUUGCUUCCCCAAGCCCAAGCUCAAGCCCAUUCACCGAAAAAGCAGCACUAAUCCGGUACUGGAACCGCAAAAUUCCCAACAAUCUCCCUCAUCCAGCAUUCUUCGUCUCUAAACUCACUCCUCUCUCCGCCUCCAACGCCACAACAUUCUUCAACCUCGCCGCCUCCGACCCUUCACUUCUCUCCUCCCACCUCGCCUCCUUCUGCUCCGCCGCCGGCCUUCUCUGCCCCAACGACCUCACCCCCUCCCUCUCCUCCUACCCCCCCGACUCUGACUUCGCCGCAUACCAGAACAGUAACUUCACUAACUACGGCACCAAGUCCGCCGACGGCCUCUCUUCCUUCAAAAACUAUUCCGACGGCCUCAACGUCCCCCUCGACACCUUCCGCCGCUACGGCCGCGACUCCGCCGGCCAUGAUGACAAGUUCUCUUUCUACGCCCCCGACGGCAAUGUCGUCACCGCAAAUUUCUCCUCGUAUGGCACAAACACCGCCGGCGGCACCGACGGGUUCACCUCCUACGACGAAUCGUCCAAUGUCCCUGAUCUCAAAUUCAAUAAUUACGCGGCGGAGGGCACUGGCCGCGAAGGAGUUUUUCAACAGUAUUCGGAUAAUGCGAACGCCGGCGACCAGGCGUUCAACAGUUACGGGAAGAACGGAAAUGGUGCAACAUCCGAUUUCAGUUCGUACGCAAAUAACUCCAAUGUAAUCGGAAGCACAUUUACACAUUACGGCGAGGAAGGGAAUGGGGUUAACGAUACCUUCGCUUCGUAUGGAGAUAAUGGCAAUGUGCCGGAAAACAAUUUCAGGUCGUACGGCGACGGAACUAAUGGUGGGGUUGAUAAAUUCACCAGCUAUCGAGAUCAGUCGAACGUCGGAGAUAAUUUCUUCAUCUCAUAUGAAAAGGGCGGUAACGUUGGCACCGCCGAUUUCACAAAUUACGGCAACUCCUUUAAUCCCGGCAGCGACAAUUUCAAGGGUUACGGCGAGGGUUCCUUCAAUGACCAAAUCACAUUCAAGGAAUACUUCGCCGACAACACCAGCUUCAAAGGCUAUGCGAAAACCGGCGUCGAUUUCAAAGAAUAUCACAAUACAUCUUCCUCCUCGACUCCAACCGCAAGCGCAGUGGAUACGAAGAGCGCAGUGGAGAAUAAGAAGCAAGAUUUGGCGAAACGAUUCGUCGAGCCGGGAAAGUUCUUUCGUGAACGAAGCUUGAAGAAGGGGACGGUAAUGCCGAUGCCGGACAUCCGCGACCGAAUGCCGCCGCGAUCUUUCCUCCCGCGGUCAAUCUCCGGCAAGAUCCCGUUCUCCGCCGCCUCCGUCGACGGAAUCUUCCGCAUCUUGCCGGACACGGCCAUGGGGAAGGCGGUGGAUUCCACUUUAGCGGACUGCAAGCGCGCUCCAAGCCACGGCGAGACGAAGCGCUGCGCCGCGUCGGCAGAGGAUAUGAUCGACUUCGCCGUCUCCGUUCUCGGCAACGACAUCGAGGUCCGAUCCACGGCGAACACGAAGGGCUCCAAGGGGAACAUCCUUGUCGGGGACGUGAGAGGGGUGAACGGAGGUAAGGUUACCGAGUCGGUGAGCUGCCACCAGAGCCUCUUCCCCUACUUGGUUUAUUACUGCCACUCGGUGCCCCGCGUUCGCGUUUACGUGGCGGACAUCCUGGCCGUUGAUACUAAGGAGAAGAUCAAUCAAGGUGUCGCCAUCUGUCACCUUGACACGUCGGACUGGAGUCCGACUCACGGGGCAUUCGUGGCGCUGGGGCCCGGUCCGGGGAAGAUUGAGGUGUGCCAUUGGAUCUUUGAAGGGGAUAUGACGUGGACGGUCGCUGAUCAUGCCUGAUAUCGGCCGGGAACCGGUUUGAAUAGGAAGGAAUAAGGCAGAGGAGGGGACUACUUCUUUAUAUCUAUCAAUUAUUAAAAAAUAUAUAUCUGUUUUGUUGGCAAGUUGUAUGUAGUCUUCUGCUUAAAACCUAUUUGCCAUUUAAUUAUGUUAUUAUUCGUGGAGAUUAUUUCCCUAAUUGUUGUUAUUGGAAGAUUGUGAUUUUGAUGGAAUCGUUCUUAGAAGAA